AUGCUGCGCUCUUCGAUUGCUCCGGGUCGGCAAUUGCUGUCGAACCCUGUCCGCCAACGGAUUCCGUCACAAUGGCUGUCCAGAGCCAAUGCAAGCAACCGGCUGGCAGGUCAGCGAUUCUUCGCCGAUUCUAAGCCCCCUACCACCGGUGGUCCGACACCAGUUUCCCCUUCCUCCGAAUCCAGUGUCCCUCCCGAGACCAUCUUGAAGGCCGCUGAACAAGAAUCUAAGCUUCCUCCCUCACCUCCGGCAGCUGCUCCCCGCAAAUCCGGUCGUUUCCGUCGGUUCUUGAUUUAUCUGAUCCUCACAUCCGGCUUUGCCUAUGGUGGCAGCAUCUUCCUGGCCCUGAAGUCCGACAACUUCCACGAUUUCUUUACCGAGUACAUUCCCUACGGUGAAGAAUGUGUUCUUUAUUUCGAGGAGCGCGACUUCUACCGCCGCUUCCCCAAUGCCUUGAGACACCAAAACCGUCUCCCGGUUGUACCCCGAGAGGAGGGAAAGCCCGUCACAAUUCCUGGAAAGAGCGGUCUCUCUUGGAAGCUUGCUGAAGAAGAGAAGGCCAACGCCGAUUCUAAGAAGGCGGCUCACGAGAGCCACACCAAGUCCACGACCGCCAAGCCCGAGGAUCGGAACGCUACCGUCAUCAAGGCCAAGGAAGACACGGCCUCGAAGCACACCACCAAGGAAACGAAGUCUGAGUCCGAGCCCGAGGCCAAGAAACCCGUCUCGCUGGAUGAGCCCAGACAACCUGCUGUUUCUGAGAGCACCAUUGAAUUGCUUAAGCUGCAGGAUGGUGAUGACGCUGUUGUCCAGGAUCUCGUCAAGACCUUCAACGACAUCGUUACCGUCAUCAGUGCCGAUGAAAACUCCAGCAAAUACUCCGCGCCUGUCGCCAAGGCCAAGGGCGAGCUGGAGAAGAUUGCUGAGAAGAUUGCUGCUAUUCGCAGUGAGGCUCGCAACACCGCCCAGGAGGAGCUCAACAAGCUCCAUGCUACCUUUGAUGAAUCGGCACGUGAAUUGAUGCGCCAAUUUGAGGAAGUGCGCUCCACUGAUCUUGCUUCAUUCCGUGAAGAGUUCGAGGCCGAGCGCGAGAAGCUCGCCCACGCAUACCAGCAGAAGGUCAACACCGAGCUCCGUCACGCUCAGGAGCUUGCUGAGCAGCGCCUUCAGAAUGAGCUUGUUGAGCAGGCCAUCGAGCUGAACCGCAAGUAUGUCCAUCAGGUCCAGAGCCUGGUCGAACGCGAGCGUGAGGGUCGUCUGAGCAAGUUGACUGAGCUCACAGCUGACAUCAACGAGCUUGAGAAGCUGACCGCUGGAUGGAGCGACGUUAUUGACACCAAUCUCAAGACUCAGCAGCUGCAGGUUGCCCUGGACGCCGUUCGCACUGUUGUCGAGCGUGCUGAGACCCCCCGGCCGUUCGUCCGUGAGCUUGUGGCCGUGAAAGAGCUUGCUGCUGGUGAUGCUGUCGUUGAGGCUGCCAUCGCAUCUAUCAACCCCGCCGCUUACCAGCGCGGUAUUCCCUCCACCACUCAGAUCUUCGAGCGUUUCCGCCGAGUUGCAAGUGAAGUCCGCAAGGCUAGCCUGCUGCCCGAGGAUGCCGGUGUGGCCAGUCACGCUGCCAGCCUUGUUCUGAGCAAGGUUAUGUUCAAGAAGGAUGCUUUGUCAGAGGGUGAUGACGUGGAGAGCAUUCUCGUGCGCACCGAGAGCUUGUUGCAGCAAGGCGAUGUUGACGCCGCCGCUCGGGAAAUGAACACUCUCCAGGGCUGGGCCAAGAUUCUCAGCAAGGACUGGCUGGGUGAUGUUCGCAAGGUUCUUGAAGUCAGACAGGCUCUCGAAGUCAUCGAGGCCGAGGCCCGCCUCCAGUGCUUGCGGGUUGACAUUGUUGCCCUUCCCGCAGCAAUGUCGCAACAACCAAACGAGCCCCCUGUACGAUCUUCAAUGUCCCCGGCGAAUAUGCGACCCCGAGACCGAUCUCCAGCAACUGCGCCGUCCCUACUCCGAUCCGAUGAGGGCUCAUUUCGCCAGACCCAACCCCGAAAGAACGACGGCCAAGCGAGCGGAGAGCUGGAAGGUACUACACUGGGCAGCGGUUCCCGCGAUGGAGAUCGAAGGACACCGGGCCAGCGGAGGACCCAGAGCUCAAGUGGUUUCUUGCUUGACUCAUUGCCCCGCGCGCGAAGCACAAGAGUUAGCCUGCACCGCCCUCGCCCCUCGGAACCUCCCCAAGAGAAGCGCAGCGUUCCAGAACCGGAUAUUGUGGUCCCCAAGAAACGCUCGCGAUUUCCAUGGAGCCGACAUAAGCACCAGGCAUCUGGAGUAAUGCCAGAGGAUACAAGUUCAAGUUUGAUCAGUGUUCAGCAAGCUUCUGAUCCUGCUGAUAGACAGCCCUCCGGAAGCUCCUCUCAGCCCGAGGCACAGGAAGAGAAUGUGACACAUUCCACUCCUGGUCUUGAUAGAGACUCGAUUCAGAUCGUGAAUCUAGCUUUGAAUCUUAAUGAAUCUCGGAAGAGGACGGCUUCUGGAAUACCCCCAGCCUCCGAGGGCCGAAGACCAAUAUCUGUCUCUCAACCUGCUGUUCUGACAGUAGAUGGCUAUGCAUAUUCCCCACGAGCGAGGAAUUUCCAGCGCGACUCGUCGUAUCGCAAUUUUACUCAGGUCUCUGGUAAUCGUUUGUCACAGGGAACACUGCCGAGCCUAGAGCAAUCAUCUGUUGUGAAUUUGUUGCCUCCGUCCGCGAUUGAGGAUCACCGGGCAUACGAAUUCUUCGAAAGUACUUUGGCUCGUGCUGAGAGAGCACGCAAUCAUUUUGAUUUAUUUCAUGAAUAUAUGCGGCUACUGCCCUCGUUACCGCCUCUUCAAGACGCAGCCAAGGGUGACGCUGAGUCUAAACCACGGAGACCCUACCGAGGUUAUAACCCGCUUCAAAUGAUUCGCAACAGGAAAGUCAGAUAUCGUGAGAAAUGCUCCAUUGAUGCAGCCGCAGAAGGAUGGCAUGACGUUGAAAGAGUCCACCAAUGGAUUAAUGAGGUUGAACAAAAAUACAGCCAAAGAGAGUAUGACCAACUAGAUUGCUUAAAGCUGCCACCGUUCCAACAAGGUCGGCGCCAUGUGUCUAUGGGGGAACAAGAAGAUAUGGAUGUGAUGCCAACCUCUCCGGAAUCGAGCUUGCGGCGAGUCAGCCGAACCAGCAGCAUGAAGGCCCGUCGACCACGUAUUGAUUGGAAGAUCUCGCCAGCAGAGCUUCUGGCCGAUGCCGCCUGGCUGGAAUAUAGCACCAACAAGACGAAGGUGGUCGACAAGGAUGGCCGUAAACUCUACCCUGACCCCACAAAAUUAGUUAUCAUGGACAAAAGUGAUGACUUCGGGACGCCUAAUAAGCAGCAACGACUUUCGGUUGAAGUGGCAGAUCCCGGAGAGGCACGUUCCUCACCACGCACUUCUGUCUCCGGUUCUCACCCUGCAUUGGCGCAGGAGUUCAAGAGCGUGGGUCGUGGGCGGCACAGGCACAGAUUUCGAAGUCAUUCGCACAGCUUACGCACCCGUAGUGCUUCUAGCAAACGAAAGCCGUCACGAUGGGAUCAUGUCAAAAUGCGUUCGGGCAGCGUCUCGAGUUCUUCAAGCUCAGAUACCCACCCUUCUGUCGAUGAAAAGCCUCGCAUGUCUCGGGAGAAUAUCCGCGACCAUGUGCAAAGAUUCGUUGAACAUGCACACUCGGGAUCUCGGACAUCCCGCGCCAGAUCACCUGCCGUUCAUGGCGCUGACAUUGAUCGGGGAAGGACACCACAGCCAAUUGAGCCGUUAUCAGUCAACACAAAGCGAGCCCGCAAGCACAGAAAACGUUCUGUCUCGUCAGCAGGCAGUGUUGAUGACCGGCAUGAUCCUCGUAUGUCCCUGGAAGGCAUGGAUAGCACUGCGCCUAACUCUCCUGCUCGCGUUGGCUACUUCCCGAGUAUAGCAGUAAAUCUGUCACCCCCGUCAAGUCGAUCUCCCUCGCCCGCAAAGAAGGGUCUCCGUCAUAAGAUUGUUUCACGCCACGAGCGCAGCAAGAGCAAACAAGCAGAUCGAGAGCGAGAGCGGGAAGAUGAAUUGCUGGAACCUGAGGCUUGGCGUCAGCGAAAUCCGACGACUCCUGCGCGAACGGAGGGUGCCUCUAAGCUCGAGCCGAGUCCUCUUCCUGACGUCGUUUCGUCAUCUUACGAUGAUCAAGGAACGCAGGAAGGCAAUCGGGUAGAUGGACAUCGGUCCCGUAAAGGGCCCCACCUCCCCGAAUCAAAGCUACGAGGAAUAUUCAAGGGACCAGGUCGGAUCGCAGAAAUCGUAGGUAAUGAGGUCUCCAAGGUCGGAGAUCUCAUUCUGAAGAAAGAUGCAGAUCCUGAAUCUCGGAAAUCAUCAUCCGCCACCACUUUUGCAUCAGAUGAUAGCGAUUCCGAUGAUGAAUCUAGAGGCGAUAGGAAGUCUGGCCCCAAAGGCCUUCUUCGCCGCCUGCCAACAUUCACGGAUGAGCCUGGGCGAUUGACUCGUAGAGAUUCCGAGAAAAACUCCUCCCGAAGCUUCAUUCCCUCUCUGCCGACCUUCACGUCACCCCUGCGGCAAGAUGAACGAAGCGAAGCAGCAGACGUGACCAGUUCUAGCAGUCAUCGCGAAGGAAAUCAAGAUUCCCGUGAUUCCCCCAAGAAGUUCUUGCUGCCACGCAGCAGAACCCUUGAUUUCAGCCCUUCUCUACAGACGGGACGGACAAAACGCCGCGAGAUGAAAGACCCUUCAAUCCCUUUCAGCUUAACACAACCUCCUGUCACUGGACUCGCCAACGUUCGAGCAUCACCUGGGCUUUCUCCGGAGGGAAGACGCUCAGGGCUUUCAGGUGCUAGUCGCUCCUGGAGUAUAUCUGGGCGCAGUAUCCACACCUUGAUCGACACCGGCGUACCUGGCAAACCAGAAGUCGAGCGUACACGAGCUCUUCUAUUAUCAUCUGGUAUUAAGGCUCGGGAGAUUACUCGCCGAGCUCACACUUCCCGUGAGCCAGUUCCUCACUGGCUUCAAAGCGCCGUAGGCCCUGUGGCAUCUGUUCCACAAGUGACGCGGGCCGGCGAGUUCGACCUCGCUGCUCAAUGCCUCCUCCGGCGCUUCGAGCACACACAACACUCAUUCCAGCAAUCCAUGCAUCAUUUCUCCACUUCCACCUCGUCGCCUCUCCGGUCCCAGCUGAGGAACUUAGAAAACCUGGUCAACCAUUCUCUGGCCCCUCGCGUCCGAGCCACGGCAAAUGAUGCCGAGGAUCUGUGUGUCCAGCUCAACACCACCAGUACACUCGCCGUUAAGCAGCUGAGUGAUGCCCUCGACAAAGGCCUUCGUAAGCGCCGUCGUCGAUUGCGGUGGAUCCGCCGCACUGGGUUCAUGGUUUUGGAAUGGGCCCUUGUUGCUAUGCUUUGGUGGGUGUGGUUGAUUGUCAUGGCUUUCAAGCUUGUGCGUGGUGUCUUCCGGGGUGCCUUUACUGGUAUCCGAUGGGUCUUGUGGCUUUGA